AUGGCACUUGAUAGCAUGUGGGCCCCACAGGCAGCAGUCAUAGGGGAUGGCCCUACCAAGGGAGUGAGCGAACAGACCUCCUCCCAGACACAGGUCCUCCAGACCGCCUCCUUAAAGGAUGGGCCUGCCAAGCGGGCAGUGCGGGUCUGCCGCAGCAACUCGGGGCCCCCCGAAGCGGGCAAGUCAACAGAGGCCAGGGACAAGCCCAAGCUAGAAGUGACCAAGGCAGUGGUCGUGGACCUUGGCACUGGCUACUGUAAAUGUGGCUUUGCAGGGCUCCCAAGACCCACGCACAAGAUCUCAUCGACAGUGGGCAAACCUUACAUGGAAACGGCCAAAACUGGGGACAACCGCAAGGAGACGUACGUGGGGCAGGAGCUCAUCAAUCCAGACAUUCGCCUCAAGCUCGUGAACCCUCUGCGACACGGCAUCAUCGUGGACUGGGACUCAGUGCAGGAUAUCUGGGAGUAUCUCUUCCAGAAGGAAAUGAAGAUCACCCCAGAGGAACACGCUGUCUUGGUUUCAGACCCACCCCUGAGCCCGCACACCAACAGAGAGAAGUACGCCGAGAUGCUCUUCGAGACCUUCAACACUCCAGCCAUGCACAUUGCCUACCAGUCCCGCCUGUCCAUGUACUCCUACGGCAGGACCUCCGGCCUGGUGGUGGAGGUGGGCCACGGCGUGUCCUACGUGGUGCCCAUUUACGAAGGGUAUCCUCUGCCCAGCAUCACCGGGCGGCUGGACUACGCGGGCUCUGACCUGACAGCCUACUUGAUGAAUCUGAUGAACAAUUCGGGGAAACACUUCACAGAGGACCAGAUGAACACUGUGGAAGACAUCAAGAAGAAAUGCUGUUUUGUGGCCCUCGACCCCAUCGAAGAGAAGAAAGUCCCACCUAUUGAGCACACGAUCCAAUAUAAGCUGCCAGAUGGGCAGGAGAUCUACCUGUGCCAGGAAAGGUUCCUCUGCUCAGAGAUGUUCUUCAAGCCCUCUCUGAUCAAGUCCAUGCAGCUAGGCCUCCACACCCAGACAGUGUCCUGUCUUAACAAGUGCGACAUUGCUCUCAAACGGGACCUCAUGGGGAACAUCCUGCUCUGCGGGGGGAGCACGAUGCUCAAUGGUUUCCCCAACCGUCUGCAGAAGGAGCUCAGCAACAUGUGCCCUAAUGACAUCCCCCAUGUAAACGUGUUGCCCGAAAGAGACACUGCAGUUUGGACAGGGGGCUCCAUCCUGGCAUCGCUUCAGGGCUUCCAGCCUCUGUGGGUCCACCGCUAUGAGUACGAAGAACACGGGCCUUUCUUCCUCUACAGGAGGUGCUUCUGA